CAACCGCCAGUAGCGAAACAGGUUCUCUGUUAAAUCCAUUCGAAGUCCCUCAAGGAACGGAAACGGACAGCGGACAGAACCAGAUUGCUACUUGGCGCAAGUGGCUAGAGUACAUCCUUGAGGUUCCCAUAGAGGAUGUAAGGAUAAAAAUUCUGACACUCCCAUAUAGCAAUAAGAAUAAGUUUGAAGCGACUAUGAUUCAAUACAUUGGCAAAGUGCUAAUGGAUUUGGUUGAGCACGAUAUAGAGCCCACUCACGAGCGUCUCGUCCGUGAUGGUAACACCACCAACAAAGACCGGCUGAAAGCUGACAUGGUUGGCGUUCAGCUUUGUGACAACCGGCAAAUAGUGUUUUUAGAAAUGAGUGGAGCACCCACGGACUUUUUACAACCGCAUACCAUUACGGACGUCCAUAAGACGAUUCAAGAACGAAUUGAUGCGGUCAAUUCGUUGCUAUUGAAUUUCUUAGAUUAUGAUGUGCGAUAUGCGGGGAAGAUUCGUUUGUUAACUGUUCAGGGAAUCAGAGAUCGGCUUACAUUACGAUCAAUUUUUUUAAGAAGGAAGGAGGAUUACGUUGAUGAGGAGAUUUUAUCAGCAAUAUUCCCACUUAGUUGGGAGCUCCACUUCCAAUUUUUGGAAAUAUUUGAACUAACUGAAUAUAUAAUGCUAUCAAUUAUAGAAUACCCAAAUGUGAUAAAAGAGCUGAGAAAGCAUCGUGCAGACUCUCUGGAAUUUUCUAUUAGGCAUUGUCUUUCAAAUUAG